ACCUCCAGCAAAGCAUUAGUCACUUUCCGGUGUCGCUGUGUUUAUAUAGACUCGCGGACAGAUCUCCUGGCUCAUUCUGCGCGCUGCACUGAGAGACGCUGUUCCACGGAGAAUGAGCUUGACUAUGGCUGCGAUAUGGGCUCUGAUAGCUGCCGGUGUGCUCUGCCUGUCCUGCACCGGGCCGGUGUGCGCUUACGGUGAAGACAUGAUGUAUGGCAACAAUGAAAACUUCUACAACAACAUCCUUGAACUGGAUCAGCAGGAAGAUACCACCACGGAGACGCCAUGUGAGGUCAGUGAUUUGACCAAAUGGGACAAGCUCUUCUCCAUGCUGGAGAACUCGCAGAUGCACGAGACCAUGCUGCAGCACAGCAUGGACGACUUGCUGCGCGCCGAGCUGCGGGCGCAGCGAGGGGAGCUGCUGCUCAGCAUGGAGGGCGUGGCCUCGGCCUGCGCCAGCUGCGACGACAGUGACCGGCGAUGGCUGGAGGCCACCCUGGGGCUGCACACCGCUCGGAUGAUGCUGCUCCUUCAAAAGACCGAGAACCAGCAGCAGCUCCUGGAGCAGAUCCUGGCCUCCAUCCAGAACUUGGGGGCAGGGCCAGGCAGGAAGGAUAGCACCUCCAACACCGUAAACAAUGACGUUACCGACGGAGACGGUCGCCAGGUGCUGAGGAUGCUCACAGCCAUGGCCAAAGACUUCCAGAAGAUCCAAACUGAAAUAGCAUCUGCGGCACAGAACUCUCUGCCACAGGGUGAGUGCCAUUUCCUGUAUCCGUCGCCAUGGCGAUAACACUGAAGCUUAAUUACUAGCAUCUUCAUGGCCAUAACUCAAUUAGCGUGCCUGUGUUUAAUAAAUCCUCCUCACUAAGCCAGGCGCAGCGUGUCUCCUAAAACCUUGAUACACAUUCUGGUCCAAACACUGGAUGCACAUUCUGGUCCAAGUCAAAUGACCCGGGUACCAUGAAUCUGACAGUAAACUGUCACACUCAGGGACCUCAAGAGCACUAAGGCGUCCGAUAAGGGGAAACAGACGACGUCAUCCUGUUAGUGGAGAACCAGAGACAGGCAGCAGGUCUUUGGGUCGAGGGAAAGUGGAGGCGAACGUGGAAGAACGACCUCCUGAGGCUCCAUUCAGGACACGUGAUAUUAAUGUCAGAUGGCCAGGGGAAAAUUAAGGAUUAGCAGAUUUUUAUCUCUUGGGCACAAAAAACAACAGAAGCUUCGUGCUGAAGCUCAUAUAUCGGGAUAAAUUAAAAGACUUUUAAUAAAGGCUUUUUUGGUAAAGAAGAUUAGGAGCGUUUUACUAAAAGAACCCUCAUUCAGCCUCCACACACAGGAUCACAUUGACUCCAUCCUCUGUUUCCACUGCUGAUCCUCACCACUUGCCCUUGAAGGCUGGGGGGGGGGGGCAAAUGGGCUUUGUCCCAGUGCAUGAUGGGAUGCAGGCCAGCAGUGUUUUGCUGGGGCAUUCGCAUGUGGGAGGUCUACUCUCAAUGCUUGUUAGAUAUUGGCUGAAAGGAGAAAGAACAGCUGCUUGGCAUUUAGUGGCCAGCAGGUGGUGUAGUCCUUAAGGACUACAAUGCUGAAGGCUGCUGGGGUUGUUUCUCAGUGAAAUACUAGGCUAUUGAAAUUAAACAGUGAAUAAUGUCUUCAAAUAAAAACAGAGCCUGGCAGUCAGGAAGCGCCAAAUGGAAGCUAAUUAGUGAACAGAAAGGAAAAUAAACACAGGCCCAAUACACGCAUACAGGCCAAGUUUAUACAGAAGUACAAAUUGGGUUUAUACACAGGUACUUAUACAUGUGUACAGGCCGGGUUUAUACACGCGUACAGACCGGGUUUAUACACGCGUACAGGUCGGGUUUAUACACGCGUACAGGUCGUGAUUAUACACGCGUACAGGUCGUGAUUUUACACGCGUACAGGUCGGGAUUAUACACGCGUACAGGUCGGGUUUAUACACGCGUACAGGCCGGGUUUAGACACGCGUACAUGCCGGGUUUAUACACGCGUACAGGCCGGGUUUAUACACGCGUACAGGUCGGGAUUAUACACGCGUACAGGCCGGGUUUAGACACGCGUACAUGCCGGGUUUAUACACGCGUACAGGCCGGGUUUAGACACGCGUACAUGCCGGGUUUAUACACACGUACAGGUCGGGUUUAUACACGCGUACAGGCCGGGUUAUACAUGCAUACAGGCUGGGUUUUUACAUGAAGGGGCACUGCAGACUGAUGAUGAAGGCUGUUGCAGUCUGUCUUCUGCAAUCUCCUGUAUAUUGAUUCUCUUUCCUCUUUUCAUCCAUUUCUCUUCCUCCCUUCCUCCCUCCCUCUCUUUCCCCGCUCUGCCUCACUCUUUUUCCAUCUCUCU